GUAUUCCCAUGCGCGCGGGUCGCAGGCGCGUCGCUCGAAACAACGACUACACUAAAUUCUUUUUUCGAAACGGAUAAAAGAGUAGUACCAACCUUUUUAGCAUCAAUUCCUAUAACGAUUUUUACCUGCGCGCCGUAAAUACCAUUUUUAAUUAUCUGUGGAUCGGUGGAGUUAACUCUAAGAAAAGUUUGUUUUAAAAGUUUCUCAGCAUCUUAUUUUUCGUUAUUUUUUGGAUUCGCUCUUUACAUACGUACAAAAUGUUUUUGUGAUUAGAUUAUUCAGUUUUGUGGUUUUGUUUUGGUGGUUUUGUUAUGAAUUGAGUUGCGAACGCAAUAAAAGUUAGUUGGCGAAAGUUUAUUGUUUAUCCAUUGCGGUGAUUUUGUGUUGUGUUUGAAGUUAACUUUUAAAGAAGUGGAUCUCUUGAUAACAGUUGUGCACUAGUUUUGAAACAAUAUGACGCUGAUUUGGAGAGCUUUGGGUACUCUCCUUUUGCUAGUGCAAGCUGCGUUUGGCUCUUGGUGGAAUUUGGCAGCGCCGAGAGUGACCAGCGAAUCGGGGAACUCGUCAUUGGAAACAGUCACAACACUACACAAAGAAUACUGCCACAGGUUGGAGUUUCUAGUCGAAAGGCAGAGGCAGCUGUGCAUGCUAUCUGACAAAAUGAUACAGGUCCUCCAGACCGGUGCUGUGCAAGCGGUGGAGGAGUGCCAGCACCAGUUCCGCCACAGCAGGUGGAACUGCAGCACGAACACCAACCCCAACUCGACGGAUAUAUUCGGAGGCGUGCUCAAAUUCAAGUCUCGCGAAUCGGCAUUCGUGCACGCGCUGUCGUCGGCUGCGCUAGCGCACGCUGUAGCCCGCGCGUGCAGUCGUGGCGAAUUGAACGAAUGCUCCUGCGACGCGCGAGUUAGAAAACGCACGCCAAGACACUGGCAAUGGGGAGGAUGUUCCGAGGAUAUCAGAUAUGGUGAAAUGUUUAGCCGAGAUUUCAUCGAUUCUAAAGAAGAUAAAAACACGGAUGAAGGAUUGAUGAAUCUUCAUAAUCAUGAAGCGGGACGAAGGGCGGUCCGCGGGAGGAUGCAGCGCGUGUGCAAGUGUCACGGCAUGUCGGGCUCGUGCUCGGUCCGCGUGUGCUGGCGUCGCCUGCCGCAGCUGCGGCUCGUGGGCGAUGCACUCACCACGCGCUACGAGGGCGCCUCGUAUGUCAAGCGAUUUACUUUACAGAUCGUAGAGAGGAAACGAGGCAAGAACAUACGGAAGUUACGGCCGCUGCAUGCUGACAUGAAGAAACCGAACAAGACAGAUUUGGUGUUUUUGGAGGAUUCACCCGAUUAUUGCGAACCAAAUGAUGAACUCGGCAUCCUCGGCACUCGCGGGCGUACUUGCAACCGCACCUCCGCGGGACUGGACGGGUGCCGGCUGCUGUGCUGCGGGCGCGGCUACCAGACGCGCGUGCGCGACCACGAGGAGAAGUGCCGCUGCCGGUUCGUGUGGUGCUGUAAAGUGCACUGCGAGCUAUGCCGCUCUAAGCGGGACCACCAUGUUUGUAACUAAUUAAAUCUGAGGAUCUUAAAACGCUGCCAAAUUUUGUUAAAUGAGUUUACAUCGUCUGACAAAAGUCACCAACAUUAACCACUUCCUUGCUACUGAGAAAUUUUGCUUACUACACUGAACAGUUUAUAAACGUGCAUGCGCGACCACAAGGAGAAGAGCCAGUGCCGGUUCGUGUGGUGCUGUAAAGUGCACUGCGAGCUAUGCCGCUCUAAGCGGGACCACCAUGUUUGUAACUAAUUAAAUCUGAGGAUCUUAAAACGCUGCCAAAUUUUGUUAAAUGAGUUUACAUCGUCUGACAAAAGUCACCAACAUUGACCACUUCCCUGCUACUGAGAAAUUUUGCUUACUACACUGAACAGUUUAUAAACGUGCAUGCGCGACCACACGGAGAAGUACCACUGCCGGUUCGUGUGGUGCUGUAAAGUACACUGCGAGCUUUGCCGCUCCAAGGGAUACCAACACGUGUGCAAUUAAUUAAAUCAACUGAUCUUAAUACACCUGGUCAAUUCCAUUGAUUCAACGCUACCGCUACUACAAUAGGGUAUUUGACAAGUUUUAGAAAACGAUCUCACGUUAUUGACUAAUAAUUAUGGAGUCCGUAAAAAGUGGAUAUUCAUCAUUCUGUUGUGUAUUUCAGUAAAACUAACCAAAUCAAAAACUCAAUUUUCAAGUUGCUGCGAAAACGUUUCUCUGGAUAAUAUGGCGUCUCACUUGUGUGUGACGUCACACGAAUGUUAUCAAAACGUCAAACGAUACAAUGUAAUGUCACUUUAACCGGAAGUUUACUUGCGUGUGACGUCAUUUUAGGCUCCGCCAAUCCCAAGCGUUUUGGGCCACGUGACAAUAGAUAAGAAAACUAUUAUCUUUUUCGUGGAUUUUUAGUAAAAUUAUGAAUAUUUUUUCUGUAAAAAUAGUGAAAAACCCUGCCAUUAUUCAUUCUCAUCACAGAUGCUAACAAUUGGCACUUUAUUUUUAAUACUGUCAAAUACCCUAUUAGUUCCAUUUCACCUAUUGGAAAUACCGCUCCAGAAAGGAUCACAACGUCAGCAAAUAGUCCGAUAUUCUUAAUACGCUUGCAAAUGUCAUGGCAAAAAUUUAGUUUGUCAUCAAAUCUGCUUACGUUUUUAUAGUCAUUGUUAAUGCCACUCCAAGUCCGAAUACCAUAUCUGUUACCGAUACCGCUGCAGUUCAUUUUAUUCCACCUAAUUUCCAGGCCAGCGGAUGUUACACGUGUUGAAAAACUAGUACAUAACUAGACCGUCAUCACCUGAAUGGUCAUUUUUCAUGAAUGUCGAUUUUUUACUUCUGUGUUAAUAAAAGUUGCAACUGGUUUCGCACUAAAAUGAAACACUUACAUGUUACUUACGUGCUUCGAAAUGCAUUUUGAUGAUGAUGAGUCAAAAUUAAUAAAUUGUUAUUUUAUAUUUUUCAAUAGAAAAAUAUUAACGGUAAGUAUAUAUUCUACAAACACGAAAAAUCAAAAUUUUAUUGUAAUUCUAAAAAUUUGAAACAUCAAUGACCAAGUAAGGUUCAAUCAAACUUUGAUGUUCGCCAUUUAGAUUCUGUUUUUUUUAUUAAUUCUUAUUUUCCGUCCAGCUUUUAUGUUGUGUUGUACGAUCUUUUUUUUAUGUUGCCUGGAAGUUAUGAAUUCACAGUAUCACAGUCAUAGAACAUAGCAAAUUGUCCAAUGCAUUACGUUAAAGUUGGAUUUAAAAUUUUCAUGAAGAAUAAUUUUCUUCAUGAACAUUUUAAAGCUGGUGUACAUUGUUUUCGUCUUCUAUCUUUACUUUUUGAUGGACUGAUUUAGGAUUAGUGAUUUUAUUAUAUACUUAUUUUCUGAAGUUAAGCUUUAAUAUAUUUACAGUAUUACUAACUUAUUUUAUGUUUUUAGAUGUACAAAUGUGUAAAUAGCUUGUGUUUAUUCUACAAUUUUCUUAUAUACGUUUUAAUGUUAUAUUUUUUUUUGCAAUUUUAAGCCCUGACGUCCUUUAAUUUAUACGUACUUGUAAAUAUCAUUUCGGUACUUAAAUUUAGUAAAGUAAUUAUGUUUUCUACCUCAUGGAUAUGAUUAAGAUCAAGCCAUAUUGUGUUUGUUUUUAAAAAUCUUAACUUUUUCGUAUGCUCUUUUAAAUCUUAAGUGAUUAAAUGAAUGUUGUAUAUAUUUAAAUGUUCUUAUAAGUUAGAUAGGUAUAGCCCAAUUAUUUGAUUAGAUUGUGAUAGUUUUAUUCCUUAUGGGAUUAGUGUAUAACGUAGUGUAUCAUAAGUUAUUAUGAGGUGUCAACGUUAUAGUUUAGAUUCGUAAUAUCUUGUAAAUAUUCAAUCGCCUUUGUAAUAUACUACUAAGUAUCAGUUUGGUGUUUGUCUUCAAUGUGGUUAUCCAGUAUUGUGACGAAGUCAGAGAGAAGCUUACUAGAAUUAUAUAAAUACCUUAUUUUUAAAACGUAAAAUUUUUCAUCUACUUUAUUUGUUUUAUCGAUUUAUUAUAAGAAAAAAAUAAAAUGUUUUCUCUUUUCUUCGGUCAAUUUUGUUCAUUUAUUACUUUCGCAAUUUCACUUUCUGCUAUCGAAUUGACACUGGUAAGUAAAUUAAGUGAACUUACCUUUAUAAUGAUAACCAAAUUUUAGGUACUUAAGCUAUUGUUAACGAAGUCGAUGCAAAGACUGUAGUAUUUACCAAUUUGGAUAUGAAAUAUAGUUACGCGAUGUGAAUGGGGUAAAAAUAAAUGUAUUAGAAACAGUGCAAAAUCUUGUGUUUUAUUCAUCCCAUGUUUAUUUUUAUCACCGUUGACAAUGACAGAAGUAGUUUCUUAUAAGUACGUUUUCCAUUUGAUUUUCAAUCUAGCAUUAUUUUUGUUAUCCUCAUCUCAUAAUGAAUUUGCGUUAAUAAAUCACUUUUUAUGUGCACUUAUUUGGCAAACUUUAUUAACUGCUAUCUCCAUCGGUAUACCCCGGCAGUUGUUUAACUUUAUCUUUCUGUUUGAUAUGAAUUCUUAUUGAAAAUCAAUGCCAUGACCGACAAAUCACAAUAUGCUAUUUCGUAUUUAGUAAAACUUUCAUCAUCAUCAUCAACCCAUGUUCGUCCACUGCUGGACAUAGGUCUCCCCUAAUGCACGCCACUGCUCCCAAUUUUGUGUUACUCUCAUCCAGCCCACUCCAGCCAGCCUACGAAUAUCAUCAUCCCAUCUUGUCUCAGGGCAUCCAACACUACGUUUACCGAGUCUCGGUCACCACUAAAGAACUUUCCGGCUCCAAUUUCUGAUGCGGUCCUUUAGGGAUACUCCGAGCAUAGCCCUUUCCAUAGCUCUCUGAGCGACUUUAAACUGUUGGACUCGUCCAGCCGUGAGUGUCCACGUCUCGGCGCCAUAUGUCAUAACUGGGAGGACGCACUGGUCGAAGACUUUCGACUUGAGACAUUGAGGGGUGGGUGACGAGAAGACUUGACGAAGCUUAGGAAAUGCUGCCCAGCCUUACUGAAUUCUUCUAUUGGCUUUUCUCUCGAAGUUGUUUCUGCCUAAUUGGAGCGUUUGUCCUAGAUAGACAUAUUAGUAAAAGUUUAUGUUCAGUUAAUUAUGCCAUCGAAAUAUAAAUUUGGAUAAAUGAAUACCUAUUACAAUAAUAUCAUGAUGAUGCUUUAUAAUAUAUUAUUGAUUAUGAUAACUCGUUGUAAAGAU